AUGUCGAUCAUCUUGCAUCAUCCUUCGACACUUGUAAUUGAUUCUGCCAUUAGAGAUUGGGUUCUUUUGCCCAUUGUUAUUUUCAUGUUAUUAUUUAGUAUUUUACGACACUAUGCUACAUUAUACUUCCGUAGUAAUAAGGAACCUCCGGUUGAUAAAUUUACUUAUUCACAAACUUUGAUGAAAGGACAAAUGUUGUCUCGUAAUUUUAAUUAUAUUCCUAAUCAAAGCUUUCAAUUAAAGAAAGCCUUUUUCAAUAGAGAGAACGGAGGAGAAUUUAGGAAAAAGAUUGAAAACAAUGCUUUAUCAGCUAUGGCAGAUCCUUCUAAUAUGACCGAAAUGAUGAAAAACAACGUUCAAACAAUGGUUCCGAAUCUUGUCAUGUUUGGUUGGAUUUACUUCUUCUAUGCUGGUUUUGUGAUUGCAAAAUUUCCAUUUCCACUCUCUGACCGAUUCCGAGCCAUGGUACAACGAGGUAUUGAACUUCAAUCUCUAGAGACCUCCUAUGUUACCUCUGCUUCCAUGUACUUUUUAAUAUUGUUUGGACUGAAGGGAGUUCUUUCAUUAUUAUUGGGAGAUAAUGUUGCAGAUGAGGCUCAAUUAAUGGCCAAUUCAAAUCCUCUCACAAUGGGUCAAAUGGGAGCUGCUCCAGGCACUAAUCCCAUGCUCAUGAUGGAUUUUGGUAAGGCUUUUGAAAGUGAGAAGGAUAAUCUUGAAUUAAUCCAACACACCCAUCAACCCUUGCAAGAUGCCGAACAAAAUCUACUGACCAAAUGGAAAUCUGCAUAA